AUGACUCAAGAGGAAGGUAUCUGGGUGGUCGGCUACGGCUCGCUAAUAUACAAGCCUCCACCACACUCCACCUACUGUAUCCCUGGCUUAAUAUAUGGCUUCAAGAGGCGAUUCUGGCAGAGCAGUUCUGAUCAUCGUGGCACCGUUGAGUCUCCUGGAAGAGUCGCAACUCUGGUACCGGAUCCCAAGAGCAAGGUACUUGCUGUCUCCUACUACAUCCCGCCAGAUUUCGUCCCACAGGUCACAGAAUAUCUCAAUGUGAGAGAGCAAGAUGGUUACAAAGCUUGCACUGUGCUAACACACUUACACCCCCCACAAGACCUCCCUCUACUCGCUCAAGAGCGCCUAGACAAGCUGCCGAUUGACGUCUCUACAGGUAAACAUACUGUCGAAUCAGUUGUGUACAUUGGUACUGAAGAUAAUGGCUCAUACAUCGGCCCCGAGCCUAUAAUUGAUACUGCACGUGUCAUUGCCACCAAUGUCGGUCCCAGUGGUUCCAACUAUGAUUACUUGAAGCUGCUCCAUGACGCAUUAAACCGCAUGGCCGCCGCCAUGCGUUGCAAACUAUCAGAUAUUGAAGACACCUACCUUGACAACUUAUUCGAAGCAGUGCAGCUCACGACAUAA